AGCACCAGUCUUCUUCGUAUGGACGUUUGCUGCAGCCCUCGUCAACUCCACGGAGCUGAGGAGUGACUAUCGCUAUGGAAAUAUCGUCAACACAACUCACGGUUGUGUACAAGGUCGCUCAGAGAACAUCCCAGUCAAAGAUGGGGGACACGUGCAGGUAGACAUCUUCCAGGGAAUCCCCUUCGCCCAGCCACCUGUCGGAGAUCUGAGGUUUAGACGUCCUCUACCUGCAGUCCCCUGGUCUGGGACUUUACAGGCCACCACACCUCCAAACUCCUGUGUCCAGAACUCGAUCUCACCCUAUGUCACACAGGUUCCCAUAGAGGACUUCGUGCCGAACCCUAGCACUCAGUUCAGUGAAGACUGCUUGUAUCUCACCAUAUGGAGGCCCAGGGUGGGAACUGGACAGGGCAAACUGACCACGAUGAUGUGGAUUCACGGUGGAGGUUUAACGCUGGGAUCUUCAACAGAACCAGCCUACGAUGGGUCCAAUCUAGCUGCCAACGAGGGAGUGAUUGUUGUCUCCUUGAAUUACAGACUCGGAGCAAUUGGCUUUUUAUCUUUGAACACCGAAGAUGCUCCUGGGAACAUGGGUCUACUAGACAUGACCUUGGCAUUGAUGUGGGUUCGGGACAAUAUCAGAGAGUUUAGAGGCGAUCCUGCAAGCAUCACCAUAUUUGGCGAAAGCGCUGGCGGCUUGGCCACCUCUCUAUUCCUGGUCUCCCCACGGACUCGGGGUCAUUUCAAGAACGCCAUCAUCCAGGUAACGUGGCCGGUACGAAAUUGCCUCUCAGUUUACAGGAACUUUCUCCGUCAAGACGCUCUGGUGGUGCCCAUUUUGUCCCAUCACUUGAAAUCUCACAUCAAAGACUUUAUUGCUAUCCUCAGCUUAGAUAUACAAAACAAUUUCCCAAAGGGUUGGGAAUUGGGCACGCAGGCCCGUCAGACGUCCUGCCCUUCCAGUCCAAUCCUUGCAUACAGUUAUUCAUUCGUACCAGAAUUUAUCCCUGCUAUUAUUGUCAAAGUCCUAGAACUCUACGACUACCAUAGACUUCAAGAAGAAGACAAUAACCCAAGCUUUUCGUUGCUGAACUCUCUAUUUACUGACCUAAUCUUUGAUUGUCCUGGUCGUUUGCUGGCAACGUUUUACGCUCAAGCCAAACAGAAAUCCUACCUGUACCUAAUGGAGCACGUCCGCGACAUUACCACCUUCGCCGACUGGGUGGGUGCCACCCAUGGCACUGAUGUUCCCUUUGUCUUCGGGACCACCAUUCCAGCCUGGCCAGUUUUUUCUUCGAGGGAGGUCAAACUGCACCGAAACAUCAUGAGCUUUUGGGCCAGUUUUGCCAAGUUUGGGCGAUUGUGGGAAGGGAGGACAUCGUUUCAGAAUAGGCAGCUAGGUGGGCAUUUUGUGUUGUCUAGUUGUGGGAAGGGAGGGGAUCGUUUCAGAAUAGGAUCUACUUGGACAUUGUGUGUUGUCUAG